GCCGCUACUGUUAGCUCAGCAGCAGUGAACCUGAGCAUCCUUCUAGAAAAAUACCACUGAAAGUAAAAGACACGGACUGCUCUCAUACAGCUAACGUUAAAUCCGACAAAGAAAAUCUCUUUGAAGACAAAGAGUAUAAAGAUGCCUUCAGCGAUGGUUGGCAACAGUGCUGUCCAGUCUGCCACUCCAGACCUGGGAAAUGGAAAUCAUUGUGAGGCCAUGAAGCAAGUUCUUGGUGUGAUUGACAAGAAGGUUCGCAACAUGGAAAAGAAAAAGUCCAAACUGGAUGACUAUCAGGACAAGAAGAACAAGGGUGAAAGACUGAAUCAGGAUCAACUGGAGGCCUUGACGAAGUACCAAGAGAUCAUCAACAACCUUGAGUUUGCUCGAGAAUUGCAGAAGAGCUUCCUGGCAUUGGGCCAAGAGGUUCAAAAGGCAGUGAAGAAAACUGCAAGACGGGAACAGCUGCAGCGGGAGGAGAUGGAACAACGGCGGCUCAAGACAGUGUUGGAGCUUCAGUUCUUACUGGACCAGUUGGGAGAUGACAGUGUCAGGCAGGAGCUCAAACGGCCCGAUGCUACCGGUUCCCCUUUGCUCACCGACGCUGAUCUUACAUCCCUUGAUGAGUUUUACAAACUGGUGGGACCUGAUAGGAACUACGACGUCAGGUUGACUGACCAAUAUGAAGAGGCCUCAGUACACUUAUGGGAACUGCUAGAGGGCCGAGACAAGGCGGUGGCAGGGACCACAUACAAGUCACUGAAGGACACUCUGGAUAAAGUGCUGCUGAGUGGUUACUUUGACAGAGCACAAUCUCAUCAGAAUGGGAUGUGCGAGGAGGAAGAGGAACAAGAGGAGCAGACUGUGGUGGCCGAGUCUAAGGCUGUGACGCAGCCAUCAGAACCUGAGGGAACAGCUACUGAAAAAUACACAGAACCAGUUAAAGUGGAAACCACAGAGUUCAUAAACAGACAGUUCAUUCCAGAAACACCGUACAGUAAUACAGACAAAGACCAAGUGGAGGAGUGGACAGUGGAGGCUCAGAUGGUGAAUUCCCUCCAGCACCAGCCCCCUGCCCAGCUCGCUUCAGAACCAACCGUUACUGUGAACCAUGACACUCACACUCCAACCAAUGACCCAGUGAUCAGAAAGCAGGCCGUGCAAGACCUCAUGGCGCAGAUGCAAGGGACGUACAACUUCAUGCAGGACUCCAUGUUGGAGUUUGACGGCCAGGCUCUGGACCCAGCCAUCGUGUCUGCCCAGCCGAUGAAGCCUGGGCAGACUGUUGACCUGCAGCAGAUGGGCUGCCCUUCAACCCUCUCAGAGUCCAGACUCCCUCAAACAAGUUCAGUGUCUGGACCACAGGAAUCCUCACAAGUCUCGAUGUCUCUGUCGUCUGAGCAGUCCCCCGCCCCAUGUUCCUUGUCCUCUGCCUUCCCACCUGCCUCCAAACCCUCUCACACUGGAGGCAUCAAUGUCAACGCAGCACCCUUCCAGUCAGUGCAAGCGGUAUUUAAUAUGAAUGCGCCUGUACCUCCGGUCACUGAUGGCCAAGCAGAUCCUCUGAAGCAGCCCAACCAGUUCCCUGGUGGCUAUGGACAGGGCUUUAAUAGCCAGCCAGAAAGUACCGUAGACCAGCCUGACAUCCCACAGGAGACAUUACAGUCAGUUGUUGGUGGGUUCCAGCCCCAAGAACAGGUUAUGCCCUCAGUAGGAGGUCAUGAAGAGCCCUCACCAGGCGCAGGGUUCGGACAGUCGGGACAGUCCUUUUACAACAGCAGGGCUGUGUCCAGGGGUGGACCCAGGAAUCCCCGAGGUAUGAUGAACGGAUACCGGGGAUCGUCCAAUGGAUUUAGAGGGGGAUAUGACGGCUAUCGCCCACCUUUCUCAAAUGCUCCCAGCAGUGGUUACGGUCAAAGCCAGUUCAACACAUCUCGAGACUAUUCCAACAACACCUACCAGCGGGAGGGAUAUCAACAAAACUACAAGCGGGGAGCUGCCCAAGGACCUCGAGGUUUGUCUCGAGGAAACGCUCAAGCAAUGCGAUCCUAAAGGAUCUUAAAGACCGUCAAGUCGCGCCACGUUUAACAUUCAGGAUUUUUGAAUGUGUUUGCCCCAACUCACUUUUAUAACAAUGUUUUCUUUCUCAUUGGUAAUCUUAUUUUUUUAACUCCUGGCCUACUUAUCAGAGUCAGUCUGCUUUGGUCUGUGUAGAUCCUCUUAAUGUUUUAACACAAAAUGCUGAACUUCACCACAUGUAGGAUUAUCAGCAAGUCUGUGAUAUAAAACAACAAAUAGAUAUUCCUGUAAACUUGAAAGAUUUCAUUAAUUUAUUUUUUGUACAAAAUAAAUGCAAAAAAUACCCUGCCACUGUCGAUCUGAUUCCAUGAGAAUAAUUUUCUUCUGCCCUGUGCUGUCAGCCACUUUUUCCUCUUGAUCUUAUAAUUUUCAUAAAGCCAUUUAAUGUGUUUAUUUCUUUUUUCUUUUUUUUUUUUUACCCCUCUGUCACCUCUUGCGCCAUCACCUCUUUGUACGCUGAUGUUAUUGGUUGAGACUGUUUCAAUAAAGUUGUGUUCUAUUACCUUCUGUUUAAUGAUACUACUUUCCUGCUUGGGUGUGCAUUUAAAGUUCUGCUAUUUUAAUUCCGUGUGCUUUUUACACGUCAGAUUGGUGGUAGUGGUGUGCAGAGGCGGGUCCUGCCCAUCACUGAGCCCUUCAAACCAAUGACAGAUCGGAGUACCAGUGGUCUGUCUUCUGUCACUGGGUCACAUACUGUAUAUGGAACAUUGUGAUCAGGUCAUUAAAGCGACUGUGUAGACUGAGACUUCGACGUGUACCAUUAACAGCACAUGCCUUUUAAGAUGAAACCCUAUGAAUAAAGUUUUUGAGGGCAACCAUCACUUUUUUGCUACGGUCAUACUGAAGCUUUCUAUUAGGACAAAUUUCUUUGUUUUACAUCUUUUAUAUACUGUAUGUAUGGAUUGCCGUACGUAACUGUUUUACAUUGUACUGUAACAGUCAUUCAAGUGAUCAAUUUUGUUACACAAACUGAAAGGUCAUAACUGUUUUAUUGUUUUGAACCGAGGAGUACAGUAUUGUCAAAUGAAUAUUUUAUCCGUCAGCAAGCGGAAAACACCCAUCUGUACAUUUUGUGCAAAUUAUGAUGCAGUAUUGUCUCAAAGGAACACUUGGCACACAGAAAACAAAUGACACUGCCAAUAAAAAAAACAGUAUGUAUUCCAUAUCUGAAUUUUGUAUGAAAUAAAACCACAAUAAGGCAGACCUGUUAUUUUACUGGAUGCAAAUGAAGCCUUCUUCUGUAAAAAAAAAAAAAA